AUGGAGAACUCCACCCAAACCAUUAAGACUAGAUUCAUCCUCCUCGGGCUCGCCAAUAUCCCUCUUUUACAAGCUAUCUGCUUCUCUGUAUUCCUGGUGAUGUAUGUAAUCACAUUGUCUGGAAACCUCCUGUUGAUCAUAGUGGUAAGAAUCAAUACAAAGUUACAGACCCCGAUGUACUUCUUCCUCAGUAACCUCUCAUUGAUUGAUAUCUGCUUCUCUUCCACCAUAGUUCCCAAAAUCCUGAUAAACACCUUGUCUCAAGAUAGAAGUAUCUCCUUGCUGGGAUGUGCAGCUCAGAUGUACUUCCAUUUAGCGUUGGGAGCAACUGAAUGUGUGAUACUAGCGGUAAUGGCUUAUGAUCGAUACGCAGCCAUCUGUAAACCAUUACACUACAAUCUUAUCAUGAACAGGAGAUUGUGCUGGUCUCUGGCUGCUGGUUCUUGGACUGUCUGUUUUAUGAACUCUGCCAUCCAUGUUGUCCUCACUUUCCAGCUGCCAUAUUGUAGGUCCCACCACAUUACCCACUUCUUCUGCGAGAUGCCACCUUUCUUUAGAAUAUCUUGCAGGGAUACUCAAAUGAAUGAGAUUGCAAUGUAUAUCUCUGCUGGGAUCAUUGCAAUGUGCUCGUUUUGUUUAACUUUAAUUUCAUAUGUUCAUGUUAUUUCCACCAUACUGAAGAUCCGCUCUUCCCAAGGUCGGCAUAAAGCUUUCUCCACCUGCGCUUCCCACCUCACAGUGGUAGCUCUCUACUACGGCACCAUCAUGUUCAUGUAUCUGCGACCUCGUUCUAUUUACUCCCCAGAGAUAGACAAGACAGUGUCCAUUAUCUACACAGCCGUAACUCCAAUGCUGAACCCCAUUAUCUACAGCAUAAGAAACAAAGAUGUCAAAGGAUCAAUACGGAGGAAUUUUUCUUGA